AUGCCCCGGCGAUAUCGUGCCCGUGAGUACGACGAGGACAUGUACGAAGUUGAACGGGACCAUUAUCAUCGUAAACACCAACACCGACCGCGAGGCGGACGCCAUUACAAGGAGGAAGCAAUCUACGAACAGCCUCGAGCUCCUAGUCCCCCGCUAGUCGAGGAGUUUGAUCGUCUUCGCAUUCGAGACAAUGCAGGGCCUGAAUUGAUCCGCGAACCCCCUCGUGAGACAUCGAGAGAGCUCCGGAAGGUUAGGGAUGACACUUUCAAACGUCGUCGACCACAUCGAAGAGAAGUCGUGGAGGAAGAAGAAGAAUAUGUCUCCCAAGAUGAAGAGUUGACAAGGGGGAUGACGGGAAGCGAGUCCGAAGACGAAGUUCCUAUCAUCCCGAAGAGACGACCCGCGCCGCGCCGCGGCGACGUACGCGAUGAGCUCUCGAAACCCAGAAGUCGUCGUUCGGAAUAUGAACGGGAGUUACCACCCAGUAUCGAUGAAAUGAAGCAUGAGCACAGAAAACCCCGCAGUGGCCCUCAUUAUCACGCACCGUCACGGCUACGACCUGAGUCAGGCCCUAACACAGACGUCGAGGAGGAUGAUUAUGAAGAGGAAGAAAAUGAUAUCUUGGUCCGACGAAGCAGGCAGCGAAGACCUCCAAGAAAAUUUGGUCUCCAUGAAGACGAUGACAGCACGUCAUCCCCCGAAUCAGAAGACUCUGCGGAUGUUUCUCUCGCUCGGGCGCCUAUACACCGAAGCCCACCGAAGCGACAUGUACAUGACCCAGAGGGUUAUGAUAACCCCCGUCCACCUCGUCCCCCGCGUGCACCUAGCCCCGAAGUCAGUUUUGAGAAGCCCAAGAGGGAAAAGUUGAGACCAGCCUCUCAUGAAGAGAUACUCGUCGAGGAACGUGCUGGGCCAGAGCUUCCAAAUAUAAUACGCGGCCCACCUCCGGAGCCUUUUCUUCGGCAAAGGCAGGAAGAAUAUCCGAUUCCCCAAUCUCGACCAAGGUCUAUUGAACGUGAGAAGGAAAUAUCCGUCCAUGAAGUAAUGCCAGGUGGUGGGCAAAUGUUCGACGAGCACGAUGUAGUAGAAGAGGUCUAUGGCAGAUCUCGUGAGCUCGAGAGGUCUAUACGGGAAACCACCCCUAAAAUGACCGGAGACGAUUGGGCGAUUAUCUCUGCAGCCCCCAAGACAGAGCGGGAUGCUUUGCUAGAUGAAAUUGCUCACGGACCCAGAGAGCCAGUCCUUAAGGACAAAAAGCCCAAGUUUACUGUAAGUGAAGAAAGGCAUUCGGAAAGUGACCCGGAUUUUGCACGGGGCAAAGUAGGGCGGCGAUAUAUUGGUAUGAAAGAUCAACGAAAUGGGCUCUGGACGGAGAUCACCAAGGAUCUUGUAGUGAAGGAAGCAAUUGAACGAUCUGGGUAUGAAUACGAAGAGACAGUAUCUUCCUAUUACGUGUUUUCAUACCUUCAAUUCGAAGAUGUUUCUGCUCUAGUUGACUUGUCGGAAGAUAUUCGCCGCGCACGUCGUCGACGAAUCCAAGAGAUUCACCGUGAACGGAGUUCUAUGCCCCCCCCAGCGCCUCCAGUCCCACCAGCGGCAAUGCCAGGGGAGCCGCCCUUGAUGUUGGAUAGGCCGAUGUCUCCCCCAUUCCGGCCCCGUGAAGAGCGACGGAUGAAGCAACGUGAGCUGCUUGAUGACAGACGUGGGAGGCCUCGCUCGGGAAGGUGGUGA